AGACGAAACCGCGAGCCGCGAGGAACGCCUGGCUGGAGCUGCCCCCUGCCGCCGAGCCGGGGUCCCCAGCCCACGGCCGCGGCGCCGGGCGGGCAUCCCUGCCGCCCUCGCCGCGCUCCUCUCGGCUCCACUCGCUCAGGUCCCGGAGCUCGGCGGGCGCUGGGCGCGGCGGGGCCGGCGAGAUGCGGCAGCUGUGCCGGGGCCGCGUGCUGGGCAUCUCGGUGGCCAUCGCGCACGGAGUCUUCUCUGGCUCCCUCAACAUCCUGCUCAAGUUCCUCAUCAGCCGCUACCAGUUCUCCUUCUUGACCCUGGUGCAGUGCUUGACCAGCUCCACGGCGGCGCUGAGCCUGGAGCUGCUGCGGCGCCUCGGGCUCAUCGCCGUGCCCCCCUUCGGCCUGAGCCUGGCGCGCUCCUUCGCGGGGGUCGCGGUGCUCUCCACGCUGCAGUCGAGCCUCACGCUUUGGUCCCUGCGCGGUCUCAGCCUGCCCAUGUACGUGGUCUUCAAGCGCUGCCUGCCCCUGGUCACCAUGCUCAUCGGCGUCCUGGUCCUCAGGAACGGCGUGCCCUCGCCGGGGGUGUUGGCGGCCGUGCUCAUCACCACCUGCGGCGCGGCCCUGGCAGGAGCCGGCGACCUGACCGGCGACCCCAUCGGGUACGUCACGGGCAUACUGGCGGUGCUGGUGCACGCUGCCUACCUGGUUCUCAUCCAGAAAGCAAGCGCUGACACGGAGCAUGGACCACUCACUGCGCAGUACGUCAUCGCCAUCUCUGCCACCCCGCUACUGGUCAUCUGCUCCUUCGCCAGCACAGAUUCCAUCCACGCCUGGUCCUUUCCAGGCUGGAAGGACCCGACCAUGGUCUGCAUCUUUGUGGCCUGCAUCCUCAUCGGCUGCGCCAUGAAUUUCACCACACUGCACUGCACCUACAUCAACUCGGCCGUGACUACCAGCUUCGUGGGCGUGGUGAAGAGCAUUGCCACCAUCACGGUGGGCAUGGUAGCCUUCAACGACGUGGAACCCACUUCUCUGUUCAUUGCUGGAGUCGUGGUGAACACUCUGGGCUCCAUCAUUUAUUGCGUGGCCAAAUUCUUGGAAACCAGAAAGCAAAGCCACUAUGAGGACUUGGAGGCACAGCCAGAGGGAGAGGAGGUGCAGCCAAGUGGAGACCAGCUGCCAUUCGUUAUGGAGGAGCUGUCAGGAGAGGGUGGAAAUGGCGGGGCAGUAGGUGGCGAAGCAGCAGGUGGCUGCUUGCAGCAGGGUGGGCAAGGGGCAAGCGGCAGCCCCAGAGGGGUCCCACUGGUGACCAGGAGCAGGCAGACAUCAGAGCUCUCUGAAGAAGGAAGCAAGAGGUCCCUGAAGGAUGCUUAUCUGGAGGUGUGGAGGUUAGUUAGGGGCACCAGGUAUAUGAAGAAAGACUAUUUGAUAGAAAACGAGGAGUUACCCAGCCCCUGA